GUCAAUAUAACAAAACUGAUAUUUUCAAAAUGGCUGCUAGCCGUUUUGUGGAAGUUUACUGAUAAAGAAAUAAACGAAAUUAAAGUAAAUUCAGUACCAAACAACACAAAAGACUUGUGUAAAAAUACUAAAACAAUUAUUCGCCUCAGGGUCGGUGAUUAUAUCGGGGAAUAUUAACCUCGACUUCGUCUCUGUGAACAUUCCCCGAUAAUCACCUCGCCUUCGGCGAAUAAUUGUUAAAUAUACUGAAAAAUAUUUAAUUAAGUUCUGAAAAGGGCUAAAAAAACCUUGGAUCAGACUAUUUUAUGAAUAUACUGUAUGAACUGGGCUGCGUGACCUCGCUGGGGAUUCAUUAUUCUCUGUCUUAAAAAUUUAGUUGAAAUUUAUAAAUACUAUAUUACGAUUGCCUCACGUCUAGUUAGCCUGACAAUCGUGUCAUGAAGUUAAUAGACUAUUGGCGUAUUUUUCAAUUUGGAAUAAUUUGUCAAGUAUAUAUAUAUAUAUAUAUAUAUAUAUAUAUAUAUAUAUAUAUAUAUAUAUAUAUAUAUAUAUAUAUAUAUAUAUAUAUAUAUAUAUAUAUAUAUAUAUAUCUUUUUGGUAUCAAGGAACAAUAUGUUUUACAAACAGUCUUGUACUAUAUAUUAUCAAUAUGAUUACAUAUGAGUGUAUAUAAUUAUCUUGGUAAAGUAACAAUACAUCAGAAGACUAUGUGUCAAUUUAGUCAAUUUCAUUGAUAUAUGAAUAUACAGUACCUCGCGUAAAUAUUUUCACUUAUAAGCCAUGGUCAAAAGAGUUGAUGAGAGUUGGCAAGCGAGAAUUUUACAAGAGAAUUUUAAAGAUCAUUCUUACGAACCACACACAACCUUACUAUGUGGAUCUAUGUACAAAUGAUCCACGCAACACACACACACUAUAUACAUGCUUACUAGACAUAAUAUUUGGCGGUAUAUAUGCUCUAUCUUCCAUGACCUGUGAAAACUGACAAUCUAAGAGAAUAAAGAGACAUUAACAUAAUAAUGCACACGUUGAAGUUACAUCAUACUAGUACACUUAUCUCCCAUCUGUACAGAUCUUAUUACCUAUCCACAAAUUACAAUAUAAUGAGCUCUGAAAUACUUGUACAUAAUGGUACGAAUUCAACAUUAUAAAGCAAUACCGGUGAAUAAAAUAUUGCCUGCAUCCUAGUCUCCAUAGAACGCAGGUGAAUCGCAAGAUGCCUGUGGAGGAGGCUACCUCCAUCCAAUAUCGUACUGUAGCUGCCUCUACGCAGUGCGAUCCUAUUUUUAUUGUUUUCUUUCUCAAGAACGGUGUAACAGAUGAUUGUUAGAUCGUGCAGGGUGAGAAGCAAAAUAUUGAAGAUUUUCGCAAAGGGGGUUGAAGAAUUACGUCAUGUGAUCACAGUCCACUGUCACAGUCUUACAAUCUCAUUAUAGAGAAACAUUGCACUUGAUCACAUCCUUCAAGAGUACAAAGGGAAAUGAGUGGCGCCAACCUCGCCAAACAUCGGUGAAUGUUUUGUCGUCGAGUAUUAGACAAACACAGACUAAUAAACACAGAAUAUGAAGUUCAUAUAAGACCUGUUUCGCAGGCUAAAUAUUGAAUAGAUACAUUAUCAGUGAGGGUAGAAUUCUAGUGUACCCCAGCCCCUGUAUCAAUUGAAAUUAAUUACUGAAAACUGUAAUAAGAACUUUUUAUUCUUGUUUGACGUUCUUGUUAUGUUUUUCAACUAGUAGUUUAAUCCUGCAGUAAUUCUUCGAGUAUAAACAAUGAACCAGUUUUAUUGAACAAUCACAUACAAGAUAUUAAAAGUGUUUUAGGCGAAGCAUGCAGUGCAUGCAUAUAAUAAUGCCAUAUCUAUGUUAAAGUUUGUUUGCAUUUGUGAUUUUGUAAAUAAAAGCCGGCCACCGAGUCAAGCUAGCACAGUCCCGUGUUAACACAAGGUGAAAGUUAUUAAAAAUGCUGAGUCUUUUUCCGGGGAAGGGUGGGUUAGUUGAUUGGCCUUUUGUGAUUGGCUAGCGUGUUCCCCUCAUGCACCAGUGAUGCAUCUGGGCUGCUUUCAACAUUGGCUUUCAUUCAGAGUUGGGCCGGGCCAAAUGUCAAUUGCAGAUUUAUGCUCAUUGUCCUCAUUAUGUGUUAUGCUCGUUUCAAUAAAACGACAUUCUACACUCUGUGCAAAUUACCGACCAACGAUUGUUAAGGCUUUUGAGAUGACCUAGAACCCUUAAGAUGUAUGACCUAAAAGAUGCAUUUGAAAUUCAUUUCACUGAUUCUAACAUCUUCUUCUCGGCCAUAUAGUCUUUAAAUUUCCUGAUGCAUGCUCUUGAACAUCCUUGGAAAGUCCUCGAGUUUUACUCUUCCUGGGCUUCGAAUCGGUGUUGCAUUCGUCAGAGCAUAUGCAAGCGCGUUUCACCUCCGAGGUCGCAGUGAGUUCGAUUCUCGCUACGGAGUCAUGUGAAAAGAGUCUGUCAACGCUCUGUCGAAAGUCGUGGGUUUUCUCCGGGCGCUCCGGUUUCCUCCCACAGGGAAAGUUGUCAGGGUGGGUUAGGAUAAACACAGUUAAGAAGGUAAUAUCACAAUUGUUGUAAAGAUAAUUAGUUUACACGCGUAAAAACGCUGAGCCCGCUGUGGUUAACAGAAUUGAACAAUGUUUCGCUGAAUCGGGUGUAACAAUUUUGUUCAAUAUUGUUGACAGCUGUGAACAAUGUGGGCGGCAAAACAUUGUUCAACUGUGUUUUCAUCCGUAUUGCAACAACCUGAUCGUUUUUAGCCGUGUACAUGCACAACAAAAAACGCCUAGCCUGUAACAAUGUUGUUGAAAACAGAUGGCAACAUAAAAAAGAUCCAAUUAAUCCAAAAUUGUGCAGCCCGAUUAAUUGUGCAUAAAUAUGAUCAACUCUAUAUCACCAACAUUAAACGCGUUAGGAUGGUUGUCAAUCAAAGAACAUCUAUUGUACAGAGAUGCGUUAUUAAUAUUUAAAGUAUGAGUGACAAAGCUCCACAGUAUUUAUGUGAUAAUUUUGAACCACGAAACAGAAUUCAUAACCGAGAUACUAGAAGAAAUGGAGACCUGGAUAUUCCAAAAUAUAGGACAUCGAUCGGGCAAAGAUCGUUCAAAUACCGAGGGACUAAGAUAUGGAAUGGUCUAGAUACAGAGCUGAAAUCAAUUAGUGAUUUGAACAAUUUUAAGACGAAACUUAAGACAAUUCUUAUUGAGAAGUGAUGUCCUUCUUUUUAACUUUUCUAACACAUAAACUAUAAUAUAUAGUAUAAUUUUAGUUCGUGUAAUAACUUUGAGAAGAUUGUUGUAAAUAUAUAUAGUCGAUAACUCAUAGUUUUUUCUAAAAUCCAUGUAAAUUGUCAUUGAAAAGCCCAGUUUAGGGAAUGUCAAUUAAUAAAUUCAAUUCAAUUCAAAACAGGCGUGAACAACAUUUUGCUGUCCAUAUUGUUCCUGGUUGUUAACAAUAUCGUUCAACAUUGUUCAGGUGAAUAAUGCUGAACAAUAUUGUUAACAAAAUAUUGUUCAGGCCUGUUUUCAACAACAUUGUGACAGGCUAGGCGCUUUUUCCCCAUAUAGGUUAAUACGUAAGCGUGAUGCUUGGUGUUAUCAGUCAGCUGUGAGCUGACUGAUAAUGUCUGUAUGAAUGUAUGUACGUGUGCGAACCCUGGAUCGAACGACCUCAAAAAUACUGACAAGGACUUCGACGUUUCGAUUGAACUGAAGGACUUUCACUAACGAACUUCCUGUCGAAAGUUCCUCGCUUGAAACAUCAAAGUUCUCAUUAUAUUUUCUAGGCAGUUUGAUCCUGGAGUCCCUCAAGCAUUUUAACCGAAAUCCCCACUAUCCCUUUUUAAAUAACCUUAUAUAUAGCUUAAAGAUUUAAUCGCAUUUCACGACUUCGCUCUCAUACUUAAACCAAAUCAAAAUUCAACCUCUCACUAUAAUAUUUUUUUAUGUCAAGAAAGUCCCAAUUAAUGUUCCAACCAAUUUCAUUUUCAGGAUUUAUUUGUAAUUCCUUUCCGUUUCAUUCCAAAAUGAAAUUGAGGAAACGGAACUUUCAUUUACGUGAAGUGCCCAAAAGGUACAAUUUCAGUUUGCACUGUUUAAAAGGUGCUGCAUGCGCACGAUUAUCUUCUACAUUUUUACGAUGUACGGUUCGUACACAGAAGACCCGUUCCAGGCGGGAACUGAGAUGGAGGAGUCCGCAAUUAUAUUCGACGAAGAUGAUGCACCUUCUACGGCCAUAGACCUGGACACAAACCACGGGUUUGGCCCGAUACCAGAGAAACGCCAGAAACGAGCUGCCUUUGUGUCUGUUGGGUUGUCUCUUAUCAUCAUGGUUGUCCUCCUCGGAGCGUUCACGAAGCCAAAAGACGUACUCUACGUCGUCGAAGGCAACACAAGCAUGCUGCAUGAAGAUGAGAUGUUUUGCAGAAAGGAUGACCAGUAUUAUCACGUUGGUAUUUUUAUCUGGUCUUUAAAUCUUACUGGAAUUAUCUUGGGAGAAUUUGUGAACCGGUCGUGUCUGAUGUUUGAAGAAUAUUUUCAUUUGUAUACUCGGUAUGGUGGUAGCAAGAGGAAAAUGUUGUAUGCAUGUUUCAGUGAUAUUUCAUUCAGAGCUGUGUUCUUUGCGACAUUGGUCGCAUUCGUUAUCAUUGGCUCCACUCUACUCUCUCAAGGAACGAAAUAUUUUAAAUUUGAGUAUAUUGAGAUCAUCCUAAGCGGUGUUGGAAGCAGUACUCUUGUACUGUAUCUUCUCAGUUUGGAUACUUUAUCUCGCGUGCAAAUAUCCUCUUUGAUGGAAAAUAACAACAGACUUGUCGCGAACGGCUUAGCAUGGUCUUAUUACUUCGGUUACUUGAGGUUAAUUUUGCCAAGAUUACGUGAACGAAUUGUAGAGUCAGAGUGGAAAGACAAGUUGUCUUCCAAGAAAUUGUUUAUCUUAAUGCCUCGAGACUGUUGGGCCUAUGGAAAGUUGUCAGAAGAAGCAGAAGAUGGGAAGAUUGAUCUUGCUGAAGGUGGAGUGAUUGAAUUUGAUGUUGCAAGAGCAGGAAUUUCUAAAAGAUCAUAUCGAAAUAAUGUUUACGAAAUAAAAAUUGAUGGUUGUGAGCCUCUUCGCGUCUUGGCUGAGUACGCAACACCGCUGUGCUCAAUGUACGACAUGAGCCAUUCAGCCGAGGCGAGUCUCAGCGUAGAAGACCGGGACGAACAAGCCAAGUUGUUUGUGCGCACACUCGAAGCGAUCCUGAGGAAUCCUUGUGUGCCUGAAGUUCGGAAUAGAUGUAAGUUGGUGCCGUAUGCAAGACGCCCGGAUGUGUCUGUUUCCAAGAUCUUGACUGAUGCUAUUUUGAAUGAUAUGACAGAAAAUAAUUCUUUGGAUAGUCUCGAUGGAAUUGUCGGAGAAAAUACCUCGGAAAAUAUGGGUGAACAUUCUGUGUAAAUAAUUAAUAUUGGUUAAAAAUAUUCUUGUCUACACUUAGUUGAGUUUCACUAGGUGGACAGUCCAGCACAGUACAUGAUGAUCAUCUCGACUAUUAACAGAAUAACUAAAUUAUUCACUAUAUGUAUUGAACUUGGGGAUUGGUAACGAGUAUGUGCAAUGGAGCAUUUAGAAUCAUUUACUUUGAUUAAUAACCUUACUGAAACCGACCUAUAGAAGUAGUCUCAUAGAACUUUGAUAAUUAGAUUUAGCCUUGCCAUGGAUUGGCAGGGGAAAUUGGCAGGAAACGGCAGGGGGAGGCAUUUGUGCAUGUAUAAGUUACAUUAAGCCAUAUUUAAUAGAAUUUUGAAAAUUCAUUAAAUUAUACGGAAGGUUUAAUAUUUUAUUAUUUUUGCAACGUUUCGGGCAUAGGCUAAUAAAUUACAAAAAUAGGUACGGAUUGCGUACAUGUGGCUAGCCUGGUAGGCAGCAAGAAGUAAUAACAGGCUGAAUCAACAGUAACUGGACAAAGCGACUCCUGAUUUGUUGAAGAAUUCAGUUUUGUAUACAUGGAAAAUUUGAGUCUUAGCUGUAUUUUAGAGCUGAUGAACAACGGUCAAUAACCCCCCAGUAUAAUUCCUUGCGCUUUGACCAAACUAGUUCUGCGAUUUACAAAUCAAGCAUAUUAACCCUACAUGCUUCGUGCUCACAUUUUCUAAAGAAUGUCGGACGAAAAUCACCGAGUGUCAUAUCUGGGAUGGUCGUAUGAAUGAAUAGCUGGCCGAAGGUUCGACCUGCCAUUAAUUCACGAAGCUUCCGCACAUAACUGAUCAUACCGCUCACACAACGCUAUUUAGUGUGAUAGUGGCUAUAGCCACCAAAAUCACUAAAAAAACUUUGCCGGAAUGCCUUCUGUUCACAACAGGUCGCCACAAUGUCAUCUUUUCAAAAUUAUUCAGUAGUUCAGUUUCCCCUCUAUUCUCUUCCCGUACUGACUCAAUUCCUUAUCUCCCUUGCUUUUCUUUGUCUUGACCCAUAGUCGAGUCUGAACUAGCUUGUCAUUCCUUUCCAUAGUGUCUUUAUUCCGAUCGUUAAUCUCACUUUCAUGUUCCUCCUUGUUUCAAACAAUCCCUCGACGAGUUGACUAGAAAAGAACUCAGAUAUCAGAUUAUUUUCAGAAAAUCAGUAUGAACUAAGCUGCACGACUUCGAUGGAAGAUUUAUUGAUCGAGUUGAAGUCCCAAAAUCUGAACUUAAAAUAGCAUUUAUAUAAUUAUAUUGUGCGUAUUAUGCAAUGCUUUAAUACCUGACAAUGUUAAUGCGGUCAUGAAGUUAACAGAAUCUUGGCGAAUAAAUCAGUUUGAAUAAUUUGUCAAGUCUAUUGAAUAUCGACUCAAUCGACGAUCUAAAAAAAUAUAAAGACGAUCAUAAUUGAGUGUAUACUUCGCAUACAAUUUUCACAUUUAAUUACUUUCAUUUCAAUGUUUCAGUUCAGUUGACACAAAUUCUUGCAUGAAUUUACUUAGAUGUUUGGGCACUUCCCGCACUAACUCAAGCAAUGAAUACUGAAUUAAUAGCAAGAAAGCAAGGAAUAAUUUUGUGACUUUCGUCGUUGUGGGUAAGUAAUAAGCAAGUAGCAAAAGUUACGUUUUCACUUGAGACAAUAAUUUACAUGAAAAUGCCUGCGGGGAGGCUAUAGGCGAAGACAAAGAUAUGUUAAUAAUGCGAAUUAUGCAUGACGUGCUUGCCUGGUGAACGUACUUCCUCCUUUGUGGUUUAUUUUGUUUCAAACCUCACAGAUUAUUGGCCCUUGUUAAUAAUUGUUACCCAAUACAUUGGCUACGUCAUCAGUAUGUUUUAAAUAACCGCAGUGAUCUGUUUGACAAUCAGAAUCAAAUUUGAACGAGUUUACGUGACGCAAAAUUUUGUGUUAAAAUCUGAAAAGCGAAGGCCAACUGGAAAUGAUCGCCUACAUCACUCUGUUUUUGCUCGUUUCUCAUUCGCUGGGCCAAGGUCCAUCUACAACCAAAACGCCAUCUACAACCAAAGCGGACUUGAAGCAACUAGGAGAGAGUAAAUGUGACGCAUUAUUUCAAUCGGUAAGUGCGGAAUUUAUGCUAAUAAGUUAUUUCGCGCGUUCAUCAAAUUGAAUAUAGCUUUUGUGAAUCAAUAUUGACCCUAGUUACGGUGCAAGUACUAUUUAAUGCACGCGUAAGAGUACUUUAUGAGAUGUGAAACAAGUUCUUAUGAGUUCAUUGGCGAAGUUAUUUUAAAAAUAAACAUUGUCUAUAAGUCGAGAAAAUCAAAACUAAAGUUUAUGUAAAUUAACAUGAUAUUUUAUCACAUAUAACACCCACGAUACGGUAGUGAUAUCCUUUGUCUCUUCUCAUGAAUUAUUAAUGAGAUUUUUAAGUAUUUAUGCACAACUUCUUUAUACGAAUUUACUCACAGUAUCUUAUAUGCGGUUUUUAUGUUAAUGAACUUAUUAGUCUACCGGCCAAGUAUUUUUAUAUUCCAGUGCCAUUUAAUCUUCUUUACAAAAUUUGCUUUAAAAGUCCCUUACUAUUUUAUACUCAACGAAAGUCAUCAUUAAAAACCAGCAAAACCUUAGAACGUUCAGUCUGAUUGAAAAUGACUGUCUUUCUUUUGAUUGUUUUUAUGGUACCUAUAAUCAGUAGUUUGUUUACAUAAAAGAUAAAGUUGGCCAGGUUAUUUUAACCAAUGGCUGAAAUCAAAACUUCCGUCUCAGUGCUAAACCCGCACGGAUCAUCUAAUUAAUCAUCUAAAUCAGUCUGGCAAAAUCUUUGGCUUGAAAUGACGUUAAUCUGUAACUACUAAAUGAAGGCAGUCCAGAUACAAUGACUUAAACUUUUUUUGGCCAACUCCUUCAAGAAAUUAUCUCGUUUCUGAUUUUGUUGUCAUUAUAUAAUUACCCCCCUUGCUUUGCCACUUGACAUUAGAGAUGAAAGAGUACAAUUUCAUAUAAAAGAUUGGCAUAUCCGCAGUCUUGAUAUUAUGAAUAUCACUUUUUCAGUUUGAGGUCCCAGCACUUAUUGAACUGGGCGAAAAUAAAAGAGAAAAUUCGCUUUCCUAUUUGCAUGCGUGUUGCCCAAUCUCCUUCUUUUAAUAAAUCUUCUUUCAAACUUUAAACGAAAAUUUAAAUUUCUUCAAUGGACAUCUUCCGCAAAAAUUGCGCAAAUAUAUAGUGUUGAAGUUUUAGUUCCAGUUAAUUUAUCUUAAUGUAUCCAGUUAAUUUUAAAAAUCUUCCAGUAUAAACAUUAGACAGUAAUGAAUUAAAAUCAAUGCAUCAGUAGUAUUAUCCCGUGAUAUGCACGAGGUUCUCACCGGGGAUUUCGAAGCAGUACGUCUUUUUCGGAAAAGUUGAUUAUUUCCUAAAAUAGUUUUUGGUAUACUGUACAUUUGUGUUGCAUUUCCUUCACAAGCAUUCAAGCAAAGCCUUACGAAGGAAAAUAUUUUUUUUCUCAUCAUCACGCUGUGAGGUAAUUGACUCAAUAUCAGUUUCAUAAUGACAUGUUUAAACACGUUUGAAUAGGCUGAGUCAAGUCAUUUCCAUUGAGAUAAACAAGAUGAUCAUAUAGACAUGAUAUGCCAGCGGUGGUAAAACUGAUCUUUCAACUAAUCGUGUUUGAAGAAAUUAGGGGGCAUCAUCGAGGCAGUUACCCCCACUGCCUUUUGCUGGAUAGUGUUUAAUAUCUUCAUUUCAUAACGAUAGAGCAAAUCUAGUUUCGUUUAGAUCAAAUAAAGGAUUCGAUCUCCCUGAUUAAACUACCGCUGAUGUCCCCCCAAAAACUGGAGACUGUUUGAUUUCAUUUAACGUAAAAGCUAUAAAAGAUAUCGCAAUGAAAUAAAGAUCAUUGCAUUCAGAAAGGAAUAAUUUAGAUUUUGAUGCAUAGUUAUAUAUAGGCAUUAUAAUUACCGAUGUAGUUAUCAUAUACUUGUUAAAUAAUAAAUAUUUUUAUUUUGAUUCAGUAUCUCGCUCAAUAUUGCAUGUCAAUUCAAGUGUUGUGUAUCAAAAUCUAGCCAAGUUAAAUUAGUCCUUUCUGAAUGGAAUGAUCUUUAAUUGCGAUAGCUUUUAUAAUUUUUACAUUACAUGAAAUCAAACAUUAUCCAGUUCUUUUUUGGGACACCCGGUAUAACCCUGAUUAAACUUUAUUCUUUAUAAAUGAAAGAUUCUUUGUAUCAAUUCAGUGUCAGAUCCAUAUUCGUAGUUUCCUAAGUUUUCAAGCAUUUUUACGACGGUUGAAAAAUCACAAUCCAGUGGAGAGCUUUAAACCGUCCCCAGAAACACACUGUUUUUGGAUUGAACUUCACUGAAGGCUAAAAGCCCUCAUCUAUAAUUUUUCAUUUAACAAUUUGUGGAAAAUGACGGAGCAUGUUCAAGCACUCCUAGGAAGGCAACAGUUGGGCGAUACAUGUCAUACAUUUCAUUUUUUUAUUUUAGUUUACAAAGUACGGCAGUCAGUUCUGCAAUUGUAAGAAUGGUGAAAAUGGAAGAAAUGGAUUAAAUGGACAAGAAGGUGCCAUGGUAAGUCAAUUUCACAUGUGAAUUCAUACUGGCACGUUUUAUCGAGCAGAAUUUAGUAGGUCAGAUCAGAAGUACGAAAUAGAUCUGAUGAUAUCACUAUAUCAGAGAAUGUCGCAGUCACUCAGUUAUAGUUCGUUAAAAUAACCUGUUUCAUUUUUUAUUACCAGGGACCUGAAGGACCACCAGGCCCUCCUGGACCACAAGUAAGUCACGGCAUCACUCUCCCAUAUUGCGGUUUCUGGUCACGUGUUACUCAACCUCGGUCCCAGGGUCUUCGUGUUACUUUGCCAAUAUCUAGUUGGCAAAGCAACACUGACGAGAAACCGUUUAUAAUCUGGUUUUCAUUGGGGCAAUAGUCAAGUCCGGUGUUUGGAAUAAAUUUCCCUCUUUAAUUAAGCUGACUCCAUUUAUACUGUAAGCGUUAAUUUAUUACCACUUUCCCCCGGUAAACUACGGUUCUUUAUGUGAGUUAUUUUGACUUAGAGAAAAGCUUGCGGGUUACCCCGGCCCGCGUAUACAUACCUUAUAUGAACAUGGUCAGAAACAUGCACGGAUUACUUAUAGUGUUGGGCAGGUACUGUCUGGAUUGGCCUAAUUUUGCGCUAAAAUUUAAAAUAACAUUAUAAAAUUAGUAAGUUAAAUGAGAGACAGUUACCCCUGCUGCUCCCUCCUCCCGCUGCAUAUGGCCCAUGUAUAGUUUUAGUUUCUAAAUCAUUUUUACUGAAAAAGUGGGCUUUCAUGGCCAUACGCGGACCCAAUUCAAAUAUUUUUGACAUUUCUAGGGCGAGAUGGGUUACCCAGGCAAGCAAGGUCCUGCAGGCAUAGGACCAGGCAGUACAUUACGUCUUGGAGAGUCAUAUGCUAUAUGUGAUUUGUAUACAGCGGGUACUAUCAGAUACAACCGAACGUAUCGUGUGGUACAACUGUGUAAUGGUGAACAAUGGUUGUCAGUAUCACUUGAGACCAAGGGAAAGUUGAAACAUAGACCUGGCAAGUCGUGUAGGGAUAUAUUGGACUCAGGUGAGAUGAACAUGGAUAUAGAUUGUGCAAUUGACACACUGGCUAGUGCCGUGAUGUGUCUUUCGCCUCUGUGAACUAUAGGUUUUUAGUUAUCUGAUAAAAUCUCGCAUUGACCAUUGCGCUUGACUCUUCAAUACUGAGGCGUUUAAUGUUGGUUUCAUGGCGAAAUACUAUAUUAGUUUUGGUUUCUAGUGGAAAACACUGCACAUGUAUUUGAUAUUGCAAUAAAAUGCGUGGUUUUUCCACAACUAACCAAAAUUAUAACAAAUUUCUUGCUAGUUUUUCAGUUGUGCAGUAUAAAAUGCUAUCACGUUUCAUGUUUUCUGUGUUAAACUAGGCAACAGUCAUGGCAGUGAUUUGUACUGGAUAGACCCUAAUGGCGGUUCAGCUGAUGACUCAUUUCAAGCGUUCUGUGACAUGGAGACUGAUAAAGGCGGUUGGACACUAGUCGCCACCAAGAAAUCUCUCGGUGCUCGUCUCAUUUCAGAUCGGUUUUACGAGAAAGCAGCGUCGACAUUGCACAGCAACGCAGCAAGCCGCAUUCAUCCCGAUAUGACGGAUUGGCGCGAAGUCAUGUUCAGAUUUAGUGACGACAACAGUAUCCGGGUUAUUUACAACCGUGCUGGCGGGAGCCCGGGGCAAGGGAAGCUUAACUUUGAUAAUUUCUUAAUGGGAAAAUCAGUGGACAGCUCUGGGCAGAAAGUCGAUGGGUUUUAUAAAUUUAGUCCGUCUGUGAACAUGGGUAGACGUACACCAGCGAUAUUCUACUACUCCAUCGACAAUCUGUUGUUUAAGUCAUCGAAUGGCCUGGUGUCAGAGGGCUUCGGUGAAACGGACAAAUGGUUAAAUCUCUGGAAUGGCAAAGAUGGCUCGAAUUUUUAUCUCUACGCUGAUGAAACUGAUUGUGCCGGCCAGAAAUGCAUCGCGGGAUACUGCGCUAUGGACACGCCUAUUUGGAUGAUGGUUCGCUAA